AUGGCAGCAUACAAUCGAUCCCGUUGCAGGCAAAAGCUGCUGUUGCUUCUUCUCCUUUGUGCCAUCAGUGCGCCAUGGACCUUUUUAUCCCCCGCUCAUGGAAGCUCGAAGGCAUCCUCGUUCCAAGCAUCACGCGCCCAUGCUGCUACAGCCUUAAUGAUGGCCCCUAUGUUGGUCAGUACCCCGGCAUCAGCAGCGGCGGAGGGGGACAUCGGCGGUGCAGUUGUGGCAUAUGGCCACUACCUUGGCUUGAUCUUGGCCACGGCUUGCCUGAUUGCUGAGCGCUUGACAAUAAGAGCUGGCAUGAACAAAGAAGAGGAGGAUCGAAUGCGAGUGUUUGAUGCAGUGUACGGGCUAGCCGCAUUGCUGAUUCUGAUCACAGGUUACCUGAGAGUUACGGAGUAUGGAAAAGGUUGGGAGUUCUAUCAGCACGAGCCAAUUUUUUGGCUGAAGCUUACUCUUGCUGCGGUCAGUGGUGCUGCCUCUUUUUUCGUGACGGCCACAAUCAUCAAGCGAAGCGCGGCGCAGGCCGAAGUUAAAGACCAAGUCUUCAUACCGAUGUCAGAAAAGUUGGCAAACCGCAUGACCAGCGUGAUCAACGCACAGAUCUUGGCAAUCGGGGCCAUCCCUUUGACAGCAACUCUCAUGUCUCGAGGAGUUUUGUAUGCUGACUGGUUACCAUGGCAGGCAGGUGCAGUACCGCCUGUCCUCGCGCUGGUGGGGCUUGGCUUCCGGUAUGUGAAGGAAGCUGUCGAGUGGACCGAUGAUGACAAAUAG